GUUGUUGUUUUUUGGUGUUUUUGCCGUUUUGGUGUCUUUUUACAAAAACAAGAAGGUUUUUUCCAAAUUUGUGGCCCUUUUGAGUAGUGAAAACCUAAAAAGAAAAAUGCAGAACAUGCCUAUGGGCCCGAUGCAAAUGAAUCCAGGCAUUCCGCCGGGAGGAAUGCAAUCGCCAAUGCAACAGCCGCCUCCAACUUUGCAGCAGGCCCAGAUGCAGGCCCAAAUGCAAGCCCAGCAACAGCAGCAACAACAACAACAGCAGCAGCAGCAUCAAGAAAAAAUGGAAAAUAUCUCAAAUGUGUCCAAAGUGAAGGCGUUAGUUGGUCCUUUGAAAGAAUCUCUUUCGACAACACUUAAAACUGCGGCCCAAGCCUUGCACCAAAACAGUUUAAUAGAUUUAGGAACCAUAAAAGGAAAUGAGGCAGCAACAUACAAGUUUGACAAAAACCUGGAAGAAUUUUUCUCCUAUUGCGACCAAAUAGAACUGAAUUUGAAAACAGCAAUCGAAUGUGCUUCACAGGGAGCAAGCAGUCAUAGGUAUUUGCCAAUGCCUGUUUCACUGACUCGAAUGGAGACGGGUUUGGUGACUCCGCAGCAAGACUCUCUUUCCUACUCGCAGUUUCUCAAUGUGGCCAAACAGCAAGUCGCCUACGCCAGAGAACUUCACGACACUCUUCAAGCUGCUGCCCAAGCCGUCAGCUCUAAUGAUUGAAGAAUUAUUGCAUUUCCACACUCCUUAUUUUUAUUUUCACAAGAAGUUAUUUAUAAAAUAAGAAAAAGCAGUUUGGCAAAUAAAUUUGGAUUUAUUAAUGGC